CGCCGGCCGAGGAGACUGGAGCGGCGGCGGCGGCGCGCGGCGGCAGACUUGUGCAGCGCCCGGCGCGCGCGGCGGCAUCUCCUCCGCUUGCUUCUCCUUCCCUCCUCCUCCUCCCGGGAGCCUCGACGGUCCCUUGUCCUCCGCCCGGCUCCUCGCCGCCUCGUCCCCGCCGCCGCGGCGCCCCGAGGAGGAGGCGAGGACGCAGCUGCGGCGCCGCCGCCGCCGUUAGACGGGGGGACUCGCGGGGGAAGGGAGUCCCCCGGCCGCCGCUGCCGAGGCCAGCCCUUCUGCGGGGUCUCCGCUUCCUCCUCGCGUCGCCGCCGCGCCCGCUCUCGGCCGGGAUGGGACUCCUGGACUCGAAGCCGGGCAGCGUCCUGAACGCGAUGUCCACGGCGCUCAACGACACCGUGGAGUUCUACCGCUGGACCUUGACCAUCACAGAUAAACGUGUCGAGAACUGGCCUCUGAUGCAGUCUCCACUGCCUACACUUUGCAUCAGCACCCUGUACCUCCUCUUCGUGUGGCUGGGUCCAAAAUGGAUGAAGGACCGAGAACCUUUCCAGAUGCGUUUAGUGCUCAUUCUCUAUAAUUUCGGGAUGGUUUUGCUUAACCUUUUUAUCUUCAGAGAGUUAUUCAUGGGAUCAUAUAAUGCAGGAUAUAGCUAUAUUUGCCAGACUGUGGAUUAUUCUGAUAAUGUUCAUGAAGUCAGAAUAGCUGCUGCUCUGUGGUGGUACUUUAUAUCUAAAGGAAUUGAGUAUUUGGACACGGUGUUUUUUAUCCUGAGGAAGAAAAACAACCAAGUCUCUUUCCUCCACGUGUAUCAUCACUGUACCAUGUUCACGUUGUGGUGGAUUGGAAUUAAGUGGGUUGCAGGAGGACAGGCAUUUUUUGGAGCCCAGAUGAAUUCCUUCAUCCAUGUGAUUAUGUACUCAUACUAUGGGUUAGCUGCCUUCGGCCCGUGGAUUCAGAAAUAUCUCUGGUGGAAGCGAUACCUGACCAUGCUGCAGCUGGUGCAGUUCCACGUGACCAUCGGGCACACAGCGCUGUCCCUUUACACCGACUGCCCCUUCCCCAAAUGGAUGCACUGGGCUCUCAUUGCCUACGCGAUCAGCUUCAUAUUCCUCUUCCUUAACUUCUAUGUGCGGACGUACAAAGAGCCUAAGAAAGCAAAACCUGGAAAAACAGCGGCGAAUGGUAUUUCAGCAAAUGGUGUGAGCAAAUCCGAAAACCACCUAGUGGUAGAAAAUGGCAAGAAGCAGAAAAAUGGAAAAGCGAAAGGAGAGUAAAACGAACUGGGCCUUACCUGGUGUUGACAGUGAGGAAGUUCCCACUUCGUUUAAGAUUUCAGGGAAAACAGAAGCAAAUGAGGGUUUGAGGGUGGGGAGCAAAAAGGCAAAUGUGCUCUAUGUAUUAUUAGUAACCUUUAGAUUGAGUAAAGUGUUAAAUACAACACCCAGAUGUUUUAUUUAUGAAGUUUUUAUUUUAAACAUUUUUUUUAUUAGCCUUGAUGUUGUCAGACCAAAGCAAUCAUCACGUGACUUUGGAGGCCCUUCCCCUGCGCCCCUCCCCUGCAUUCACGUCCAACAGUGCAUAAGAUUUUUCAUUUCUCUUCAUCCUUCAGUUUGAUGAUCACAGAAACACGGUCUUUAUGCAUUUUUUUUUUUUUUUUAGCUAAAUUGCAACUUAUAUACUGAUGAAAAUCAGUUCCCCUAUCUUUUCUGGUCCCAAACUGGAAAUGCAGAUAUUUUAAAACGUGCACAUUUGAAUUCAUUUGCUGACUGGAAUGAUCAAAUCUCUCCACCUGUAGUCCGAAGAUACCCUUUUGGUUGGAAUUAAAUUUUUAAAAUCUGAUGAUCUUUGUAGACGCUUAGAGGCUUUAUGAUGAUGGUGUUGGUGAAAAUAGAAUUACAGUGAAAUCCUGUCCAGUGGCUCAAAGUUCACUGUGACCUGCAGCACAAAUCACUGUGGGAAACAAUUUUGUGAUGAAAAGGCAGCCUUUCAAUACUCCUGUUACUACUAGGUAUAUAUUAUGAAAAUUAAGAUUACUGUCUGAUUGGAACAUGAAACAACUCAUGUGUCUACUAGUAACAUCAUAAAAUAGUUACAUUUAUGUGCUGUUAGAAGAGAGUAUGUUGAUUUUAUCAGGCUUUCCUUGUUUUGAUUUGUGGCUGUUACUGAUUUUUCAUAUGUGGAAAUAUACCUACCUCUUCUGUUGGAAAGAACAUUUAAAAUUAAAUAAAUUUUAAUUAAAAAAUCAAGGAGUCCUCUAAUGUAAAUUUUAAUACUAACUUUCAAAUUCACUAACUUUUUUUUUUUUUUUUUACAAAUAUCGCACAGCAAGCUUUUUUGUGCAAUUAUCCUUCUCUUUCAAUGUGUUUAAUUUUGGAGUGAUAUUUUUCUGUGACAGAGUUGCAAGAUCUUAUUUGUAACUAGAUAUGAAGUAUAAACCCGUUUUGGUGCAAUAUUCUUGACUCCUUGGUGCUAAAGAUCAUUAAAUUCAAUGCUUGAUUGUUACACGGUGUUAAUUGCUAAGACAUAAAGUGAGUAAAAGUGAGAGUAGUCAGAACCAGAAAAUUAAAUUUGCUCUUUACCAAUGAAGUAUUUCAUGUAAUGUAAAAACACAACUGGAAAUUCACUAGGAAGGAACUUGUACUGUGUCUUAUUACAUAGGUUAAAUUGCUAGAGGAUAUUGCACAGGGAUCUUGUGACCAAAAUUUAAAAGGCAUGAGCAUUUCUACGUAUCUUUAACAUAUCAAAACUGCAUGUGCAGGAUGUAAUGCUGUUUGUGCAGACUAUUUCAGAAUACUUUGUAAACUAUGAAAUAUUUAUUGUGCAUUCAAAUUACACACUCCCCCCCCCCCAACCUCUGCUUCAAGGCAUGCAGACAUGAGAACUACAGAAAAUUUGCAGCACGUAAUAGUUUGAUCUAGGAGGAUUCAAUACUUUUGUUUUUACCGCUCAGCUUGUAAUGACUAGAGAUUUGUGAAUCUUUGUGAACAUUCUGUACUGGUUCCCUAGAGCUAUUCAUUCCCUGCCACCUGAUUUCAGCACAAUAAAUACACUACUGCUGUGGGAAAAAUGA